AACACCCUAGCACCGACCGAAGGACGGAUUUCGAUUUUUAAGGCCCAGUGUCAGUCACGAUGUAAGUAUCUUCCAGGUUAGGACGGAGGCCCCCCUUUGAAAAGUGGUGAUUAGCAGCGUAAGAAUGGAGCUGUUGUGCUACUAAUUCGGUGAGGAUUAUUGUGAAGGCUGCAUCAUCACCCCCUGCAGCUCCAAUACUGCGCCAUUUUCCGUAUUGUUGGUAAUAAGAAGAGGAACAAAACCGACCCCCCGAUUGUGGUGGUCAAAAAGUUUUGCAGCAUUCGCAAAAGUCUUUGUUCGAUUGGUCGUAAAAAUGUACGUCAUAAAUCGAGUGGUCGAAACCAUCAUGAUGCCACUGUCGCCGAAGUAUCUUCGCGUCACGGCCAUCCUUAUCGCGAUCUAUAAAGUGCUUACGGCACACGUUUUCCUGUUUGUUAUGCUGCUCGGGCUGGCGCACGCCGAGGAGAUGAGCACCAUCCUGCAGAUGAGCAUCGCCGACCAGAAGGAUAGCGAGUACAUCUGGACGACGAGCGAGCAGGAAGAGUCCAUCAACGAAUGGCGCUUCAAGUCCGCCGAAAAGCUCGCUUCCGUAACUCUUUGCAUGCUGUACAUCGGCACUACGGUGGCCACCAUCUACGUGCUGAGCUGUUUGGGGCUGCUGAUUGGAACGCUACGGAACCGGCACGAGUUCUUCAUCCCGUGGAUGGUGGUUGACUUCCUCGGUACGCUGGCAAUCGGGUCGGUGGUGCUGGCCUGUGGCUGCAACGAGUCCACCUACCAGUACGUGACCAAGUGGGAAUACUGGGGCUUCUGUGCGAUUAUGGUCAUCUUCAACGUGACCGUCUGGACGGUGAUUCGACAGUUUUACAAAAAUCUUGUCCACAUGACGAAACUUCGCGAGGUAGCGAUUGUGGCGAUCCCGUGCCCGGCCGCCCCGACAGCUACCGGCGCAACGUCUGCCAAAGGCAAGUCCGGAACGACCGUACCGUAUCAAUAUCGCAAGGAAAACAUGCAUCUCAGCGAUGGUGGGCUGAAGCACAUCCUCUUCGAUGCCAACGAAGCUAACUAUCUGGUGUAAGCGGCGCCAAAGCGCGGGCCGAAUAGGGGAGGCAAAUACCUAUCAUCCAACUAGUUUAGCGUUACCCCGUAGGAUGUCCAGUGAUCCCGUGCUGAGUGGAUCAUGCUUCCUCGUUGAAUCUUUCCAUUUUUUGUGCUUUUGUCCGUAGUAUUGUGAUUGCACUUUCCGAUCCCACUGGGGGAAGGGGAAGAAAGGAGGAUGUUUUAAGGGCGGUCCACGAACUGUACCUUGCUUGCUGGAAUGGAAGGAGGAAUGAAAGAACACGACCAGCAGAUUCGUCUAUUUGCAUUGGAUACAUUGGUUUGCUAAACGAAGAUUGCUAGCGCUGCGCCAUUGUACGCUGUGACGACGAACAGUGCAUAGAAUUUGUUGUUUGGAAUAUGUAGUGAAAAAUAAAAUACUGAUAACUUUAUGCGCAA